AUGGCAGCCUCAAACUCCAGCAAUACCCUGUCCUCCACAUUCUAUCUUACAGGCAUCCCUGGCUAUGAAGAAUUUCACCACUGGAUUUCCAUCCCAUUUUGUGUUCUCUACCUUGUUGGAAUAACAGACAAUUGUAUGAUCCUGCACAUUGUCCGGACAGAUCCUAGGCUCCAUGAGCCCAUGUACUACUUUCUGGCCAUGCUCUCUCUCACUGACAUGGGUAUGUCACUACCCACAAUGAUAUCACUUUUUAGAGUGUUGUGGUCAAUUUCCAGGGAGAUCCAGUUCAGUAUCUGUGUGGUCCAAAUGUUUUUGAUUCACACUUUCUCCUUCACUGAAUCAUCAGUGCUCUUGGCCAUGGCCCUUGACAGGUAUGUGACUAUCUGCCACCCUCUGCAUUAUGCUACCGUUCUCACCCCAAAACUUAUUGCCAAGAUUGGAAUUGUAGCUCUCUUCAGGAGUGCUGUCCUAAUGAUUCCACUGCUGGCACGUGUAGCCUUUUUUCCCUUCUGCCAUUCCCACGUCCUUUCUCACUCCUACUGUCUGCACCAGGACAUGAUCCGCCUUGCCUGUGCUGACAUCAGAUUCAAUGUCGUAUAUGGGUUAGUUCUGAUUACUUUGCUGUGGGGCAUGAACUCUCUGGGCAUUUUAGUAUCUUAUGUUUUCAUCCUUCACUCAGUGUUAAGAAUUGCAUCCCGUCAGGGGAGGCUUAAGGCACUUAACACAUGUGCCUCCCACAUCUGUGCUGUGCUCAUUCUUUAUGUGCCUAUGAUAGGGUUAUCUGUUGUCCAUCGUUUUAGCAAACACUCCUCUCCUCUCAUUCACAUCUUCAUGGCUCAUAUCUACUUAUUGGUUCCACCAGUGCUCAACCCAAUCAUCUACAGUGUGAAGAACAAGCAGAUCUACCAAGGAAUCCUCCAUCUGAUCUCCCCUCACAAAAUCAGUUCCACUGUGAUGUAG